UUUCUAAACAGGAAAGUGAAAGAUGAUCAGUUAAGAACCUUUGAGCUAGGGGAAAAGAAAAAAUGGAUUUUACAUUUUUAAUAAGAUAUUUUAUAGUAUUUUAAAAAAGCAUAUAAAACCCGUUAUACAGAAGUUAAUGUUUUGUUUUGUCUGAAAUGGACCAAGUGGGUGGUACCUUCUAGUGUUCGAGUAAGCUCCGGCACGUGACGUGGAGAUGACCAAUCAGGUGCACCUCCAGGUUUAACUACGUUAAAUGUCAGAUUGCAAUAAACUAGAAGCUGUUGGUCUGGCCCGCGGAAAUGGGCGAGCAUAAUCUUCUUAAUCCUGGGUUUGUGGGACCUUUGGUAAACAUCCACACUGGAGACAGGUUUUACUUCCCGAAUUUUAGAGCCUCAGGGGGACAGCUGGCGGGGCUACCGUCUCUCUCGUACCCUAGAAGGGACAAUGUUUGCUCUCUCCCGUGGAAUCCAUCGGAGUCGUGCAAUGGAUAUCCUCAGUCUUACUUUAGCAGUCCCGUAUCCAUUAACCCCUCUUUUAAUCGAUCUUGUGAAAUAACCCGACUGGAGGAAAGCAAAUGUUAUUAUGGCAAUUCCAGCAACACCAGAGAGCCGUGUUCAGAGAGCAACAAUCUCAAACGAGAGGAGCGAGCGAGAGAUACAUCAGUAUCGUCUGAUCACGGGAUGCACAAUGGGAUGGGCAACAGUAGCACCUUCUCAAAGUAUGAUUAUGGCACCGAACAUCUGACCCAAGACCCGCCAUCCUGUCAGUCGUUGGAGUCCGACUCCAGUUCUUCAGUGCUAAACGAAGGAGGAAAGACUUCAGCAGGCGAUCCACAAACCCUGAUAUCGCAAGGAAACCACGCAAGCAAUAUCGCCAGUGGAGGAGGUGCCCCGUGGUACCCGAUGCACACCCGGACCCGCAAGAAGCGAAAGCCCUAUUCCAAACUGCAGUUGGCCGAGCUUGAAGGAGAGUUCAUGCUGAACGAGUUCAUUACCCGGCAGCGACGCAGGGAGCUGUCUGACAGGCUCAAUCUCAGCGACCAACAGGUUAAAAUUUGGUUCCAAAAUCGGCGGAUGAAGAAAAAGAGACUGUUACUAAGGGAGCAGGCGUUGUCCUUCUUCUAAGGAGGCACACAAUAUACAUUGCUCAAUGCUAGUCCAACAGCAGUAUUUAGUCAAUGGGAAUCUGCCAUUGGCCCAUUUUACUCUGAAAGUCUUGCCCCAUGACGCAUUCAGAAAACGCGAAUAAGAGUUGAAACAUUUAUGGGUACGCGACCAAAUGAUAGCUCCAAAAGUCUGCUUAUACUAUGUGGUCUAGUGUUUAUUUAAGAGGGUCUGUGCCCAGCAAUUGUGGGCAUGUACAUGGUAAUGUUUUAGUCUAAGUUUUGAAAGUAAAAAGCUGUCUAAGUCAUCUCUCACUUUAGUUACUUUGAGGAAUUAACUGCUAGUUAGAAAUUCAGACAAAUAUAAGCUGUGAGUUAGAAUUUCGGACAGUAAAAUGUUUUCUUAUCAGUCUUAAUGAUAUUGAAAUGAUCGCUAAAUAUUUAUUGUCGGAGUGUUAAAAGAUCUUUUAAUAUUAUAACACACUCGUGCCAUAAUCAGUGUUCUAAGCUUAAAAAAAUUGACUGAAACUCCAUAUGUUGUCUCAACGAGAAUCCUUAACUGUUCGUAAUAUCCCAACUAUGUUUUUUAUUUUGCCAGUUAUCGCUAGGAAAGAGCCUUUCAAACUCAGUCCUCAACAAUAAGACGCGUUAAGCCAUCAACGUCUUAUCUCCGUUCCGCAGUCAUCGCCACGUGUUCUAUGGCACGUUCACGGUCACGGGCACAAAGUUAGUGACCCAACUUAUAUCUUGGGCCCUUGAGAACCAAACUGCAAUUACAGAACAGCUUUUAUGAAUAGACUUUGAUCUAGCCUGUGAAAUGUCAUUCUGACAAAUGUGAGGAGAUUACCUACUUCAACAACUAGAUAUUGGCCAAAGUGUAAAUUAGUAGGCCUGCAGCUAAGCCGCACAAACGCGACUUCCUGCUAAUAAAAUAUGUAUUCUUGAUAUACCUAGUGAAAAACGUUAAACUCGUCCCCAUUAUAUUUGCAUUUUUAGCAGCAUAAAUUUCCCAUUAACGAUAGCUCGUCCCUUGAUCUGCGUUAUGUGGACAUAUUCGCUUAGGUCUAGUUAAUUAAUUCACAACAACAAUGCUUCUGGGAGAGAAAUGCAUGGUUAAGUAAUAUUAAGACGCGCAAUGAUAAAUUAAAACAAAAAGGAUUCAUCAAUUUAUAACUGUAAUGAAACUAGCAAUCAUACAGAACAGAAGAGAUCAGAUUUAUAUCCCAAUAAUCACGAGCCUGUUUUGCUAAUUAGCGGGAACCAUUGUGUUAUUAGAAACAUUAUUUACUCAGAUCAUGGAUUAUAUGCCAGUGAAAUAGUUCAUAUUUGCUGCAUGAUGAUAAUGACUGUAGUUAGAAGGUAAAAAAGC